ACAAACAGACAGCGUUAAUUACACACUCUGACUUCCCCCUUUCUCCGUUUCGGUCCUUACCACGUUUACAUGCAUCUCUGAAUCUCCCACGCUCUCUCCGAUCCGUCCUCAUGGUCUCGCCGCACCCUCUCUGCAAUUCCAAAUCCUACUCAUCCAAUAGGUACAAUUGCAAUUCGUAGCCCUAAAUUCACAUCCAAUCCGCACCGUUUUUGGAUCUCUGAUUGCUCACAUGGAAAUGGCUUCCAGUCCGCGAACCGUAGAGGAGAUCUUCAAAGAUUACAGUGGCCGAAGAGCUGGCCUCGUUCGUGCUUUGACUCACGACGUUGAUGAAUUUUAUGGAUUCUGUGAUCCAGAUAAGGAGAACUUGUGUUUGUAUGGACAUCCAACUGAAACAUGGGAAGUAACUUUGCCGGCCGAGGAAGUUCCGCCGGAGCUUCCCGAGCCAGCACUUGGGAUCAAUUUUGCAAGAGAUGGCAUGAACCGGAAAGAUUGGCUUUCAUUGGUUGCUGUGCACAGUGAUUCUUGGUUGCUCUCUGUGGCUUUCUAUCUUGGAGCCCGUCUUAACCGCAACGAAAGGAAGCGCCUGUUUAGCCUGAUCAAUGACCUGCCCACUGUUUUUGAAGUUGUGACGGAAAGGAAGCCUAUAAAAGACAAGCCCAGUGUGGACAGUGGGAGUAAAUCUCGUGGCAGCACAAAGAGAUCAAGUGAUGGACAAGUCAAGAGCAAUCCAAGGCUUGCUGAUGAGAUUUAUGAGGAGGAAGAAGACGAACACAGUGAAACCCUUUGUGGGAGCUGCGGCGGAAAUUACAAUGCCGAUGAAUUUUGGAUUGGCUGUGACGUCUGUGAAAGGUGGUUCCAUGGAAAGUGCGUGAAGAUUACACCUGCUAAGGCGGAGAGCAUCAAGCAAUACAAAUGCCCAUCUUGUAUGAAGAGGGCCCGGCAGUAGUAGUCACUGUAAAGCCAAGAUUGGGGGGGAUGACUAACGUCGUUCCAGUGGCUGACAAACUAGUAUAGCAGUGUUUUCCGUUCAAAGUUAUGUAAUGAGUUUGCUUUGAUAUUAUUUCUAACAGAUCGUCUGGGGGGUUUAAGUUAUCCUUGGUUAAAUAUUUGCUUAUAUGAUUAGAAUUUGUUAAUCUAUGAAAAAAAUCAUGACUGACAUGUAUUUAGUUCGUGUUAGAUUUAUAUUUUUCUUUAUCAGCU